GCCAAAAGUACUCGCACUAAUUUCGAUUCAGUACACUUUCACACGAGCGCGAGCGUUUUGCAGAGCGGAUCAUAAAAUUUGCAAUUUCACAUUUACACAUUUUCAAGAAUAAAAUAUUUGUACAUACAUACUACAUUUAUGUUUAUAUAAACUACAUGAAGUGGCUAAGGUGCGCAACAACAAAUCACAAUAAUUAAAACCAAAAAAAGGAGGAGCUUUGAAUCGUUGUCUGCAGACUAAUCGCACAGCUAGUAAUAAAUCAGACAAAAGUGCUAUAAAAUAUUAACAAACAAUAAGUAAAAUCAGUGGUGCAGAGGAAAUUGUGCCGCAUGUAUUGCACUUCGCAUCAAAGAAACAAUCAACAACUGGCGUUGUAGUGUCGCCACGGUGAACGGACGGCGGUUAAGUAAAUGAGAUUAACCACCUCGCAUUGGCGCGCCGUUCGGCGGUAUUUUUUAGUUUUCACCGCCAUUGCAUUGCUGCCGCUAGCGCUUGUCUAUCUGGUGCGAAACGAGCAAAUUUACCGCAUCAAAGGAUAUGAGGCGUCAAAGUUCAACGAUCACUUCGGUGAUCAAAGUUUUCGUUAUCCGGUAAUGUUGCUGGGGAAAAAUAAGGAUCUAACAGUAGCGUCUACAGGAAGUUCUCGCAAAAAAUUGUACAAAUACGCUAAAUAUGUUAAUGAGUCACAUGUGCCAGUAUUGCCGGAGGAGUCAGUGCACACGCUGUCGCCGAACGAUGUGGAGCGCAUCGAGAAGCGCAUGGAACGGCGGCGAAAACUGCUGCAAGAGAAAUGUGCCGAAUUUGGCCUAGAUGUAGUGGGUAACGACACAUGGCACAAGCCCAACGCUUGGGAGUUUUUAGUCAAUAAAAAAUAUCACAUUAUAUGGUGCAAUGUGUUCAAAGCUGCCUCCUCAUCAUGGAUGUUCAAUUUUAAUGUAUUAGCCGGUUACUCGCCAGAUUUCCUACAACGAACCAAAGAAGUGUUCCUGAAUUUGGCAAGGGAACGUUAUCCGCGCGUUUCUAUUGAAAAGCUGCGAGAAGCACAAAAUGAUUCGAUUACAUUCAUGAUAGCGCGCCAUCCAUUCGAGAGGCUAUUAAGUGCAUAUCGUGAUAAGCUGGUAUUUGCCCUGCCACACUCCUAUCACGACAAGUUGGGGCGGCGCAUUGUACGCAAAUAUCGCAGCAAAAGUUUGGAUAUGAAUUCGCCCAAAUAUCCAACAUUCCCAGAGUUCGUGCGUUGGCUCUUGGAUCAGAUAAAGCAUGGCAAUGUCCAAAUGGAUAUGCAUUUUGUAUCGUCGACAAUGUUUUGCACGCCAUGUGUCAUCAAUUUUGAUGUGAUUAUGAAAUUCGACACACUCGACGAAGAUCAAUUAUAUCUCAUACACAAGACUGGCUUGACGCGCGUCAUAGCGCCCGAGUGGCGUAAUGCGGGCAAAGGCAAGAAUACGCAAGAGUUGCUGCAAUCAUUCUACUCUAAGUUGACGCAUAAAGAAAUGCAUGGACUUUAUCAAUACUACAAGUAUGACUUUGAAUUAUUCAACUAUAGCGCGUCAUCGUAUUUUAAUUUGGUACAAGAAAACGGCACCUGAAAAGAAAGUAGCCCAACACGAUGGACGGAGAAAGUAGCAACAGCCGUAGCAGCAUUUUAGGCGCUUCGCAACGCAGCCGCACUCCUCUCAGCAACAACGAAGCACACGAAUAUAUACUUAUGCACACAAAUCUACAAACAUACAUACAUAUACAUAUAUGUACACCGACGAAACAUACAUAUGAAUUAACAUACGUACAUACAUACAUAUACAAACUAUACUACUUACUUACAUACAAUAUAAACAUAAACAUAAAUAAGUAAACGCUAAUGAACCAAAAAGCUCGAAUAGGAAAAUAAAGUGAAAGGUUAGAAGUGGACUGAAAGUGAUGAAAUUCAAUAAGUUCCAAAUGGUUGGCGUGAAAUUCAACCAAAAAUAUGAAUGUAAAAUAUUUAAUUGAUUUUUAUACGUAAUAUGGAAAUUAUGCUUGCCACUUUGUCGGCAACCUUGCAUAUCCAACUAAUUGGUUGCAUAUUCACUAAGCUCUUUUAGACACGCACGUUUUCAUGGCUGGACCGCGCAGCGUCGAGCAACUUCUAUGUAGCUAGAGCACUAACAAGAAGUGACGCAUAAAAUACAUACACAUACAUAAGCACUGGCUCGUUAAGUUGAAGUAGGCAGUAGUAUUUGAGGGUAAUUUGAGCAUUUUGAAAAGACACUGUACAAUAAUUUAGCGACGUAAACUAGCUGAUAAAUUUUAACGCCGUACGCGUAGUUAAAUUACAUUGGUAGUAGUGCUAAGCUUUAGAUUUUUGCUAAAUAAUUAAAGUAAAUAAAUUAAAAUAACAAAAUAAAAUAACCGAUUACUGAGCACUGGUUCGAUUCAGCGAGCAUAUAACCAUACCAUUGAAGGCAUGUGUGCGAAGAUGACAGCUUGGAAUGUAGUGGAAAUUUAGUUGGUGGAGUUGGAGUUCCAGAUGAAAUGGCGCGGCUUAAAAUAUGCUUUAGAAAAUAUGGAAAAUGAUUAUUGCAUGCUUUAGGCAGCCUUUUAAAUGUAAUAAGCAUACUUCUAGGCGCCUGGUUUCCUUUCGAAUCAGCCUUGCAAUCAUAGAAAAGCUAUAAUAGAAAAUCACACAAGAAAAUAUUGUCAAGUGAUGUUACUCGAAUAAGUUUUGUAGGUUUCACUGCAUUUUUUUUAAAUUAAUUUUCAAUAAAAUUAUAUAUAUUUAGGAGUCCCAAGGUAGCGACAUACAUAUGUAUUUGAUUAAUAGAAAGAAGUAAUAAUUGCCACUGUCUAGGAAAGUAAAACUACUUUGCAUUAUUUAAAUUAAUGGAUUGUGUUGUAGGUAAAAUACAAUACAUAGAUACAUACAUACAUACAUACACAAAUAAUAAAGCAAACCAAACAAAACAAAUUAUCCAACGUAAAUUGUUGAGCUGAAUUGGUCAAUUUUGUUAUUCCUAUUUAGAAGGAAGUUGAUAAAUAAUAAAACAAAUUGAAAUUAUUUAUAAACAAAUUUG